AGUCAUCUCUUCCUACUUCUUUGGAUGGACCUUAAUUUUUAUAGCUAUAACCUUCAAGAAACAUAAAUAAGACAGCGUGCAGAGGGUAUAUUAUACUGUAAAUAUACUUGUUCUUUAGUUCGGAAAUAUUGUGAAAUUCAUGUAGUCAUUACCCAAUUAACAUUCUAAGUUCUUCAUAAAAGAAAAAGAAAAUGGGUAAAUUUAAAAAGAAUAAAACAACAGUUAAACUGUUGAAUGUACCUUUGGAUCAGCAACUUUCUGAGCCAACACAGAGUAAAAAUCGUCAGAAAAUUAGAAACAGGCGUGAAGAUGAUGAUCAGUUUGUGGACUCUGGCUUGUCUGAAAAGAUUUUACAACAGGCUCGUAAGCAGCAACAAGAACUAGAAGAUGAAACUUUUGAAUCAAGUGAAUUAAAAAUUAACAAAAUAUUGGAAGAUGAUAACGAAUUAUCUGAUGAGGAAGUUGAUGCUCUUCAUAAGGACGAAGAAGAUUUCUAUGACAACAUCGAAAUCAAUGAGGAUGAUGAAAAGGCUUUAGAAAAGUUUAUGAAUAGGAAUCCUGUUCCUAGAUUAACCUUAGCAGACGUCAUUAACGAGAAAAUCACUGAAAAACAAACAGAACUACAAUCUCAGUUUUCCGAAAAAGAAAGUGUACAUCUACAGGAUUUGGAUUCCCGAGUUAAAACUAUGUAUGAGGGAGUGAGAGAUGUCCUUGCGAGGUACCGAGCUGGUAAAAUUCCUAAAGCGUUUAAAAUAGUUCCAAAACUUCGAAAUUGGGAACAAAUAUUAUAUAUAACAGAACCAUCAAAUUGGUCAGCUGCUGCGGUGUACAUGGCCACAAGAAUAUUUGCAUCCAACUUAAAAGAGAAAAUGGCCCAAAGAUAUUACAAUUUAGUGUUAUUGCCCAGAAUAAGGGACGACAUUGCUGAAUAUAAGAGAUUGAAUUUCCAUCUAUACCAAGCAAUGCGGAAGGCUCUUUAUAAACCAGGCGCUUUUAUGAAGGGAAUCAUUUUGCCACUAUGUGAGAGUGGAACAUGUACAUUGCGAGAAGCAAUAAUUAUAGGAUCUGUGAUUCAAAAAAAUUCUAUUCCAAUGUUACACUCAGCUGCAGCUUUAUUGAAAAUUGCUGAAAUGGAUUACAAUGGAGCUAAUUCAAUUUUCUUACGAAUUUUAUAUGACAAGAAGUAUGCCCUCCCUUACAGAGUCGUUGAUGCUUCAGUUUUUCACUUCUUGAGGUAUUUACUUUUAAAAUUCGAAUGUAUAUGUUUGUUUUUAUUGAUGUCUUAUUAUACGCUGUUUAAAAUAUUAGGUUCGAGAGGGAUAAGAGAGAGCUACCAGUUCUGUGGCACCAAGCAUUGUUGACAUUUGUGCAACGUUAUAAGAGCGAUAUCAGUUCUGAGCAAAGAGAAGCUCUUCUUGGUCUUCUAAGGCAUCAACCACAUCCCACAAUUACUCCAGAAAUACGACGAGAAUUACAGAAUGCUAAGUGCAGAGAUAUAGAAACAACAGAACCUUCAAACAUGGAAACAUAGUUAAUAUGUUUAUAUAUUAUGUAUUAUAAAUGUUAAUUAUAAUGAAUUAAAUUCUUAUUUUAUUUUAA